AUGGAAUACUUUAUUGAUCCUCGAAUGGAAAUUCUGCUGUUAUAGCUGCAGUUACCUGUAUUACAACACAAAAUAGACAUACAAAGCAUGAGGUAGACACAUUUAAAGCAUAAAUACAAUUUAUUUAAGAAUAAGGAAAGGAAGUAUAUAUAGCUCUAUCUGUGUAAAACAACAACAACUCUACAGUAACUUCGUAGUCGUCCUUUUUACAGUGGAGUUGCAGGAGUCUCUACUCUGUUACUUGAUCAGGAGGUCAUGUAGAGGAUGUGAGCUAUUGUCCAUUAUGAUGGAAGUGAUGGAGCAAUAUGAACAAAUGUAACUUUAUCUACAGGUUGGUCAUCUUCUUGACCUACCUUUAAAGUACUACAUUGCACUGUAAUUAGGCCCAUUAGUAUUUGCCCACUCCUAGUAUUCAUUUAAGACAAUCCUAUAUACUAUGUUCUUACAUUAUAUGGUCUGAUUUUGGGCUAAGAAUGAAAUGGACAGUUGUUUAAUGUACUGAAUACUUGUACGCCUGUGUGCCUAUCUGGUAAUAAACUAAAAAACAGAAAUAAAGAACGUCAGUGGUGUGAGUAGGAAGUUGGGGUGAGGGUGUGCUCACAGUUCUAAAAGUGGAUUGAAUGUAUAUGAUUAACAUUUUUUUGCAGGACAGAUUGACGUGCAUUUGAAAACAUUUAGUACUGCUCUCUGAUGUGCAGUUCCACACUAAUGACUAAUGAAUAGUCUGAUGUUGGAAAAUCUGGAUAAGGGACAGUGUCACAAUGGUUUCCACCAAUUUAAGGUAUGCAGAAGUAUACCAUAAAGAGACUGAAUACUGUCUUAAAAUUAAUGGAAAUGAUCUGAUAUUUGAUGAAUAUUUAUCAUCAACCUAUUGUAACGGUAAGUUGUGAAAUGUGUUGUUUAAUUUUUUGUGGGUUUGGGAAAACUGUUGUCUUACUUGUGGUAAUAACUAUAAGUCAUAAUUUGCAGAAGUGUGACAGCACAAGUGGUAAAAUGUAGCAUCGAUGCCACGUGUCAGUAGUACGGGUAAAAUCCAAAAAAUUAGUUACAUACGCAUACCUGCAUUUAACCAAAAGUGAGGCAUAUGCUUACUAAUGGGGUUUUUCAUGCAACACUACCACACCCCUCUAUAUUCUGUGUACCCUUUCCUCAAUAAACUUUUGGUACUUGAAGAAAUAGACACAAAUGCUGUAUUUAUAUUUUAAAUCUGAGAGGACAAAUACAGUAUGAUAUACUUUAAAUCACCUCAUCUCUGCAGCAUGUAAGGUCUAAACGGGUAAGCAAGUAUAUUGUAUUGUAAGAAAUUGGGUAAUUCUCUUCAAAGUAGCUUUUUAUGAACAGCCUAUUAUGAACAGCUAUAUGUUGAUGAUAACUUUUGCACUCUUUGUUAAUCUGAACGUACAGUAUGAUAAAAAGAAUUGACGUUCAUGCGACAAUUCUGGUUGUGCUGCAAUCCAGCAGAACCACGCCAUGCUAUAGGAACUUCUUGGCUGAACACCGAUGAGGAAUCUUGCUUAGAUGAAGGAAAAUGUCAACGCAGUAACUCUCAAGGGAAACCAGAAGAAGUCAUUUGAACUGCUUCUCAAUAAAACUAUUCUAAGCAAUUUUGAUAUUAGGUGGAACUCAUCUACCUGUUAGAAAGACCCUUUGAUCAUAAACUCAUCUUCCUGGCUUCCCCACUCAUUUUGGAAGUAGAGUGUGGGCAGUGGAUGAUCAACAGGGAGUAGCAGCGCCAGAAGUAAACUAUCUGGAGAGACGAACUUUAGAUUUAAGACAUUCAAGUAGUCUCAUAACCUCACCCUUAGGGUAAAGUUUGUCUGUUUCACCAGUCAGUGGUGGGAUCAUUGUUGCCGCUCCUAGCGCUGGAGGUUUGGCGCCUGCACCCCCAUGUGCCAGUGAGUGGGAAAUGUUCCAAUUUGGAAAAUACAAUCUGGACAUUAUAGAGAUGUUAAGUGGGCACCAGGCCCACCAGUUUAAAGGCCUUGGUUUAGAUCGACAACUACAGCAUCAACAGCAAGUGCAACUUCACCAGCAUCAACUCCAGCAGCAGCAGCAGCAGCAGGCUGAGUCUUCUGGAGCUCUUCUGUCUGGACUUGGCUUGGGCCCCCUGCAGGGGUCUAGAGGUAACGCCUUUUCUGAUUCUGCCUCCAUUUUUGCCAAGAUGAGUGCCCCUCCUCCCCCACCUUUACAACAACAGCCUUCCUCGUCUCAGAGCUCUCGUUCAAAGUCAAGCAAGAUGAGCAGCAGCAGCUCAAGCCAUUCUUCAGGCUACCCACAGUUCCUGCGCUCUUUCCACCCGUCUGAGGCAGCACUAGCACAGGAGCAGUUACAUCCAGGUGUAGGCCGCUUUGAGCACUUUGCUGGGGGAAGUAGCAGUAGUGGGAGUGCUGGGGGAUUAGGAGGAUUAGUAGCAUCAGCACCUCCACCCCCUCCUCCUCUGCAUCCCGGCCUCUCUGUCCCCCAAGCAUCAUCUGGUCCCUCCUCUUCCUCUCCUUCCCCUUCAACCUCUGUGGCCACCUCUAAUAAUCCUCCUAGCAGCAGUGCAGUCAGCUCAUUGGGGCACCAGUUGGUUGGGGCCCAGUCUGAUGCACGAAGUCUUCACCAACAGUUUAGUUGCAUGUUAGCCGCUAAUCAGUAUUUUCUUUCUGGCGUGCCUGCUAAUGCUAGUUUAGAGCAAUUUCUAGUUCAACAGGGAACCCAUAACCACUUAGGAAUUGGUUUAAGUCAGACUGGUGGGGAGCCUAGUACUAGUCUUGCUCCGCCUCCUGCUUUGCACUCUACUCACUCACAUGGCCACUCCACUCCCCAGUCACAGCAGGGUCCACAGCAGCCUCCCCAGCAGCAACAGCUUCCACCUCACACCCUUUCCCAUCCUCACUCUCAUUCUCAUCCUCACCACCCGCUCCACCCAGGCUCCCAACCCCCAUCACUGGGUGGCUUUGACUUCCAGGGUAUCCCUGUACUCUCAUCAAACCAGAUAGCUUCUUUAAUGCAGCAGGAAGCAGGUUUGCCCCUCCCCUUGCCACUUCAUUUAUCUUUAUCUAAAGAUGAUGGUAAAGGAGAAAGCAGUGGAGGUGGAAGUAGUAGUAGUGGUACUAGUAGCAGUAGGAGGAAGAAAGCUAUGGCCGGCUAUUUGCCUCAGAGAAAAUCUGAGAGUGCUAGUAAUGGCAGCAGCAACCAUGGCCACGGUAGCCACAGUGGUAAUCCUAGCACUACUAGUAAUGGUGGAGGGCUUAGUCAUGGUCAGCCCCCAGCUUUAAUUGGGAGUGGGGUUGGUAUGUCAAAUAUGGGUGGAGACCCAUCAUCCCUUCUUGCCUCAUCAUCUUCAUCCUCAUCUGUAGUUUCUUCCUCCUCCUCCUCUGCUCCCUCCUCCACUGCUGCCUCAGUACUGGUAACUAACGAUUCUCACCUUUCUAAAUCUGAUAACCCGAGCUCAUUGCAACCCAACCCCUCAGAGUCUGAUACAGAGCCCAUUUAUAGCUGUGGAGAUUGUGGCAAAAGCUUCCCUCACCUUUCAAGCCUUCGCAGGCAUAUGCGCAUGCAUGAGCCAACCACAGCAGGCACUAGCAAUACUAGCGGUACUGGCCCAAACCCUGUUCAUAUUAAAACACAGUCUGACCCGAGCCUCCCCCAUUCGACCCAAGAAACUCCCCAGCCCUCAACCAAUUCUUGUCCUAGCCCAGACAAAAUAUUUCAUUGCCCUGAUUGUGGCAAAGGCUUUAAGAAAAAAGGGCACCUCCUGCAACAUGGUGUUAUACACUCUUCAGCCCGCCCAUAUGGCUGCUCCACCUGCUCUCGGGCUUUUAAUCGUAGAGAGUCACUGACACGCCAUGAGAAGAUACAUGAGGAAAAGCCAUUCCGAUGUCCCGCCUGUGGUCGUGCCUUCCGUGAGAGCACCUCUCUACUCAACCAUGCUGCCUCAGGCACCUGCGGCAAGCCAGGUAGGGGACCCAAACAAAGGGGCGGCAAGACAGGAACUGAUGGUGAGGACAGAGUCGGGGAAGGGGGUGGAGGAGGUAACGGAGGAGGGGGAACUUAUCAGAGCAAUAGAGGGGUUAUUUAUGGGAAAACUGAGGAAGAAGAUGGUGUAAUCAUUGUGGGGGAAGGAGAACCAAAAUCAGGUUUAGGAUGUGAUGGUCUGUUUCAGUCUGGAAGGGGAGGGAAUUCAAAUGACAGGGACAGAACAGAUGGUAAAUACCCCACUGACUACUCUCGGAAUCGUUACACAGGCUACCAUGAUGACCACCGUUCUCAAGGUAAUCCAUCUCCAUGCUACUCUGGUGCCUCCCCCUGUGGAAGUGGGAUGGCGGGCCCAGCUCUGAGAAAGGCACCCCUGGCCCCAACACUGCAUCCACACUCACAGAGCCACAGCCAGCACCACCAUCCGCAGCAACAGCCUCACCUGCCCCUUUCUUCUCUACUGGAUGACUCAGAGGAUGAUGUCACUAGCUCUGUCAAUAAUGCAAUCUCUGCAAUAACAGCAGCUAGUAACAGUGGAAAUAGAGGGGAUGAUAGGGGAGACAUCAUAGGAGGUCUACUAGGUGGUCUUGGUUUAGGUCCUCUGGGCUCACCCUCAUCAACAUCUGGUAUGGAUAAGAAUUUCAGAGGUGUUGGGAGCCAAGAGGCUAUGAGCAGCAACCCACAGAAUCCUACUGCCAAACCAAAACGCCCCCGCAAACCUAGAGCUAAGAAAGAUCCUGCACCUGGUGGACAGCCCCCCAAACGUAGGCAAUACACCCCCAGAAUGGGUCCCAGUGGGCUCCCACGCACUCACCUCUGCAGUGUCUGCGGUAAGGGAUUUGCACGUCGCGAGACCCUACGCAGACAUGACCGCAUCCAUACAGGAGAAAAGCCCCAUCACUGCACUGUUUGUGGAAAGUAUUUUAGAGAGGCUUUUCACCUGAGCAAGCAUCAAACAGUCCACUCUGGGGCAAAGAAUUACAAAUGCAGCAUCUGUGGGAAAGAGUUUGGUUACUCCCAGAGCCUUAGGAGGCACAGCAAACUCCACCAGAAAGGGGAGCUGGAAGAGGUGCCCACAACACCAGCUGCGGAGAACCUCAACAGCUUUAACCCAAACCCUCAAUGUAGCGUGGCCCAAGACAGGAGCCAGAACCAAGCACCAAGCACCUCCUCCUAUUACUACUCUCAAGACGUCAAGCCUCAAGACACCAACCCCCAGCCUCCACCCCCACCCCAACCACAGCCCCCACCUCCACCACGACUGUACACCUGUGCUAUAUGUUGGAAGUCUUUCCGCCAUCACUUCCACCUGACCGCCCAUCACCAAACGGUUCAUGAAGGUGGCGGUGAAAAGCUCUUCUGCUGUGAGGUAUGUGGGAAAGCAUUUGCCUACUCUAAUAGCCUCACUCGACAUAGGCAAUCACAGCAUGGAAUGACCCGCGCCGAGCCGUCUAACCCACAAGAAGGCAGCACCGGGUCUGGAGACAACAGAGGUGGGAGUGAUGUCAAUCAGUCAGCUUCAGAGAGUGAGGCUGCCACCAAUGCCCUGCUGCAGAUGGCUCCUUCUUCAGAAGGCCAUGGAGGGCAGAGUCUAAGUGUCGUCACUCAUAGCCACCAACAGGCACCCCCGCAACCACCAGCUGGUUACUCUCCCCUCUUUUAUGAUGCAGCCCAUUCUUCAGCCUCUACUGCUCCAUCUUACUCGCAGCCUCUGCCUCCAAAUUCUACAAUCAUGGCCCCCCAGCACCCGCAUUCCCCAGCCGGGGUGAAAGGAGAGCACAUAUAUCCAGCUGGAUCCCGUAGCCGUACACUUCACACCACAGCCCCGUUCCAGCCCCUCACGGAACUGCCCUCCACCGAACAUCAUCAUCUGCAUCAUCAUCAUCAUCACUCCCACCAUCAUCCUCAUCAUCAGCCAGGUACCCAGCCCCACCAACACCUUGACUGCAGCAUCCAGUUAUCACACGAUGACAUGAGACGACACAAGAAGAAAAAAAAAAAGUCCAACAGGAGAGAUUGGAGGGAAAAUAAAUGGGAAUCCCAAGAUUUAGUCAGAUUUGAUGGAAGCAAAAGGAAGAGAAAGAUAAGUUGUACAAUAAGAGGGCAGCUGAAUAAAAAACAAGGCUCUCUUCGUUUGACAAUUAGGCGAGGAGGAGGAUCAGGUGGUGGUGGGUAUAAGCUUGUCAACACUGGGGGAAUGAAGGUGCAGAUCCUUUCGUCUCUCAAAGUCCCUGUGAAACGUUUUGGCUGUCCUAUAUGCCCCAAUUCUGUGUUUUCCCGUAAAGCGGGGCUGCUAGUCCACAUGGCAGUAAAACACCCACAAAAAGCCUCGACCACUCAGGAGCGACUAAGGUGCAGCGUAUGUGGGAAGCAGUCUCACAGGCCUUUGGCAGCCUUCAUCCAUCGGGCCUCCCAUCGUGCCAAAGGGACUUUCUCCUGCCGACGCUGCUCCACUCGCUUCUGGAAUGCAACACUUCUACACAGGCACAAAGUGUCCUGCCGCCGCAGGGCUAAAGGACUGCAGCGAGGAGAUGCUAACAGGCUGAAGCUUUCAAAGAGACCGGGAGAGAGACAGACCCAAGAGGGUCAGGAGGAGAUGCCAUACCUACAGGGACCAUACAGAUACUAAGUAUCCCCCGUAUCUGAAAUGAGUGGCAUACAAGAGCGAUAUUUCAGUUCUAAAAUGGGAAGGUGGGGGAAAAAAAGGGACUUGAAAAGGCAUACGCUGCCUUGAGGAAAAUUUGCCUCAUGUCUCUGUUGACAUCUACUCUGCUGACUAUUAGAAUGAGUGUGUUAACAACUACUGUAGAGCAUCCUAUUAAAUAUCACCAGAAAUUCUUCCAGAUUAUAUUGGAAGGUGUUUUCAAAGACGUGACUGUUUCCAUAGGUUCAUUAACCCCUUAAGUGCAUUGACACUAUGCUUGGCUGACACUGUGCAGUUACUAGACAAGUUUAGGUGAAAUGACCUGCUAAUGUAUCUCUCUUACCCAUAACUAGAAUCCCUGCUGCACCUCUUGCUGUAUGAUAAACGUCUCUGCCGUGUAUUUUGUCUUGUUGUUGUUCACUUAGAGGCUCUGAGGAUUUUUUAAAAAUGUAAAGUGCAUUUAUUAGGAGUAGGGACAUGGGGACAAAGACCUUUGUUGAUAGUUUGUCAGUGCAUGUUUGUUCUCUGGUCAAGUUUUUUGCUGAGGUUGUUAAAACUCCUACAGUAUGUGAUGGUUUAUUCAGUAUAUCCCCAGAAGUUUGUAGUGUUAAACUUGAUUUGAAAGUUGCUAUAUUCCCUAGUGAUUUAAUCACGUAUAGAUAAAAUGUCAAAGUUGCUGGUAAUUAUCAUUACAAGGAUCCCUCUCCUGCCAAAAUGAAGAAACUUACAAAAAGCCUUGCUUAGUAUGUUCACCUUACUUCAUUUAUUUGAGAUAUUCCUAGCUUUUAUACCAAGAGAUUGAAAACAGGUUAAACAAGUGGACUGUAACACAUGUUUAUCUCAUGUUAUUUGUAUGCUCUUUUUAGCAGUGAUUAUUUCUACAGUACUUCAUGGUGUGUUAAAGACAAGGACCUAUCAUAAUAGAAACAAAUGUAAUAUUCCAUGUAUUUAUGUGUGUAACCCAAUCAGUCUUCAUGCCAAUCUUAUACUUAACCCCUUAUACCUUUUACUUUUUGCUGAGUUGCAAUCAUAUUCUUACUGUCAAGUUUUUUUUUCUUCCUCUAAAGAAAAAUACGUUUUAAGUACAUCAUGUCACUUUAUUCACAUAUGAAAUGUUCAUACCCCUGUCAAGCCUUGUUUUUUUUUCUUCUAAAGAAAUGAUAGUUUUAGUAGAUUUCUAUCACAUUAUUUACUGAAAAGUCAGUAGUUGAUUAUAUUUCAGCAAUGAAUAAACCUUAAGUGUAAUCA